AACUGUGCUAACAAUAAUUUCGAAAACUAACGUUUUUUCGAAACUUGUGCUACCAAGAAUUUGGAAAUACCUUUAAUAAAUAAGGUGCCUAACUAGAAUUUGUUUGGAAUUAAACUGAACACAGUGUUUAACGCGGCGUAUACGUUAUAUUAAUCAUUAAUUCGUCUGGGUCUAAGCCAUCUACAAAUGUAAAUUGACGGGAAACUGAAGUCGAUUGUUUGACAAACUUCCGGCAAUUUCGCGGCAUAAAAUGUUUGCCACCAAUAUCCGUUCGGUUGCCGUAGGAAUCGUCGUGGUGCCGUGAGCUCGUCCUGUCCUUUUCGCGAAUCCUGAUACUCAUUUCCGGUGCAGCCGUCGUUUCUGCCAUUUUACAUUUGCAAUUCGAAUCGAAUCGGCGCGCAAGGACCUUUUCUAUUUUCAGUUCCCUUUUUUUUGCUCUUUCACGUUGCAUAUGCGUGGGCUAAUUAGCAUGCAGCAUUUGCAGCAAUCAGAGUAGGGAGCGCACAAUAGGAAUAAUAACGCGGAAUGGAAGAGGAUGUGUAUGCCUCGCUAGGUGCCUACAAUGACAGCGGUGGCGAGGAGGAUUGGGCCAGUUCGGAGCACCUAGUCCUAUGGGGGGAGGAGCUAUCAGGGGAAAAUGCCAGCAAUCGGCAUAAUCAACUGCAGCUGGCCAGGUGGAAUGUCAGCAAUGCCACCAUCAUGGAGGAUGUACCCUUCGAUGCCAACAACUACUGGGCACUUUUGGCCCUUGUUCUUGUCCUGGGCACAGCGGCCGGGAAUAUCCUUGUUUGCCUGGCCAUCGCCUGGGAACGCCGACUGCAGAAUGUGACCAACUACUUCCUCAUGUCGCUGGCCAUCACCGAUCUGAUGGUCGCCGUCUUGGUCAUGCCGCUGGGCAUCCUUACUCUGGUGAAAGGUGAGUCCUUUGUCCUAUUCAAAAACCUCAACAGAGGUAUUUUCUUCAGCCACCCAUUGUUGACUAAGCUACAAGGGGUUUUUUUCCUGGACCUGGAAGAGCGGUUUGCGGGUCGAGUGUCGGGCGACAAACAGCGACGCAUUUGCGUGACGAGUUCGGCCCUGUCCUCCCACUUCAAGUUGACUGUCAACAAGCAUGGCGACCUUGCCGCAAACUUACCUGGACACUGA